UUCAAGUAUUAUUCGACUACCAAAUACUAUCAAAAAUCCACUUAAGCAACUAGCUUUUAUUUGUUUUGAUGUUAUUUGAAUCAACUACAUCUAUAUAAAACGUAUUUGCAAAACCAAUAUGCUAUAAAAAAUGGAUAAUUUAAUGACGUACAAGACCUUAAACGACGCGGAUAAACGACCGGAAACAGCAGCAUCACGUGGUUCAAGACUCAUGAUCGGAUCGGGCAAGAUUCGGAAAUCAAACGCGUCAGAAAAGCUGGAACUUCAUAUUGACAACUCAGAUUACUUGGCGCUUCUAAAUCAGCAAAGCGCCGUAAGCACCGCCGAAUCCAUGUACAAGGUGACGGACAACUUGCCGGAAAAGGAUCCACCGGGCACGCCGAUCAAGGUUCCCAGUCCUCGGGCGAUUGUAGCCCCGCUACCGAAGACAUUUGUUACAAGGGCCGGCUCUUUGAUGCUAUUUAGUGACAGUCGGGUCGUUAAAAGCCAACGAUCGGCGAAAUCAGAUAAUACCGCGGGCGUCGCUUUAAAACUGCAAGGACAGAGAUUGAAACCCAGAGCCAUUGCGCCCCAGGCCUACUCACAGUGGGGGAAGCUAGUUCGCCCCCAGGCAGGGGUUGUCCAUUCCAAUGUGAAACAAACAAAAAGGGACCAGCGAAACUAUCUCGGCCUGAACAGAGGCGAGGAGAGACACGCCUAUUCUUGGAACUACUCAGUCGUACCUAUCAAACGGAUCUACAUCAAGCCGCUGACGAAGAGUCACUGUGGAUUCCUGAACCAUUUUUCCGAAGCAGUCCUGGCAUACAGGGCCCGGGAACCAACAGAACAGGACAAGUACCUUUCGAUGAUACGACAGACGUGGAACGGAAAGACGCUGGAAGAACACACGCAGCGAGAGGCCGCCCGGGAUCUCAAACAAGUUGUAUCACCCUGGACCAAAGAAUGGAUACAGAGCCAGAGCACCGUCAUGUACAGUGAGCCGGCCGUAUCGACGCUGCUGCGACGCAGGAAGUACGGGACAAGGGUUCGAGGGGACCAGCUAACUACCAUUGCCGAUGCACGCAGCAACCUCGCAGUGUCUAGUUUCUGUCGCGCGCCUACCAACACGCCUAUGCCGGGAGUCAAGCGCGUCUCGCUUGGUGAAAGUCGCGUUAUCCCAAUUCAUGUUCCUCUUAUGACGUACAAUGCAAAACUGUCAUGAUUUGUUCCAUGUAAACUCAUAUCGGGAUUAAGACAAUGAUUUAGCAGAAUUAAUUCACUAUUUCACAAUUUGCUCCCGUUUAAACGCGUUCAUUUGAUAAUUCGUUUACGUUUUGCUCAAGUUAUACAUUUCAUAUUUAUCCUGACAAACUCUUUUGAAUGAAAAAAACGUCUCACAUUAUUCUAUAGCUACGUUAUUCACAUAAUUUAAACUCUAACGUUAAACAUUUCACACGAU